AUGAGUGACGCCAUGGGACCCGACAACCACGCGUCUCCAAACAAGCGACAGCGAGUGGGUUACAGCAGUAGCAGUGGAGGCAACCUCCGAAUGUGUGCCCAUUGUGGACGGACUUUUAAGCGCACCGAGCAUCUGGAGCGCCAUAUUCGAACACAUACCAAGGAGAAGCCUUUUCUGUGUCACUGUGGUGCAUCGUUUGCCAGGCGCGAUCUUCUUACGCGUCAUCAAAGAUUAGCUGAGCAUGAAAGUGAUGCACCAUCACCACCAGAACCUGUACAAGAUCAAAGGACCAUAGCACAAUCGACAAAUCAUGCUAUUGUCGGGGAUCAAGCAGAUUUGGCUGCAGCCGUGUCAUUGUCUGGAUUAAGUGUAGAUCCUUGGUUCUGUGCGAGAACGCAACAAGCGAUGCAACUUGCAGUUUCACCAGCAGCACCCUCAGUAGUCGAUCAGUUUCAACAGCAGACAGGGACAGAUCCUAAUCAAUUUGUUCCAAACUUUCUGUCUCCUCAGAUGCUCGAUAAUGGCGUCGAUUUUGAUACGCACUUCCGCGAGUUUACCAGUUUUCUGGAUGGCGUCGGUCUCUCUGCUGAGUGGAGUCCAUUCUUUGGAGAACCCGACAGGCCACAAGAAGUCUUCGAGCCAGAGAUAAGGCAAGAAAACAACGAGGCCGCAACUUCUCAACAAGGCGCACCAACUCGAGCUGGAACACCUUUCAGCUCAUGGCUACCUUCAGCACCUACUGGUAAUAGGAUAUCUAAUUACGUCUCCGAUACAGAUAAUCCGCGAGCGAGCGAUCCUAAAACUCGACCAUUCAAAGUCACAGAGGAACAACGAUCCAAUAUCAAGGCCUCUAUCAAAGACAAUGCACACCUUCUGGAUCCCGCUUUCUGCGUCCCCUCGAGACAUGCUCUCACACGUUACGUGACUUCCUUCUUUGGCGGCUUCCAUACUCAUAUGCCAUUUAUCCAUAUACCCACUUGGCAAAUCACCGAGCACUCACCUGAGCUCAUCUUUGGCAUUGCUGCCAUUGGUGCUCAGUAUUGUUUUGAGUCAAGGGCUUCAGAAAGGCUAUUCUUCGCUGGAAAGGCUCUAAUAAUGGAGAGACUACGACAAGACACAAAUGUUAUUGGCUUACCAGCAUUUCCCAUCACUCAUCCUGCCACAGAAAAUAAUCGACCCGCUGGUAAUACUGAGAAAGACUCGUCAGUGGAGACUAUCAGAGCGUUGAUCGCAUUGAUGGGCUUUGCGACCUGGGAGCCCAAAGCAAGUAUGGUGCAAGAAUCAUUUGCUUUGCAAGGAAUCCUCACGCAAGUCCUUCGCAAUGCCGGUCUUGAAGAUGUAGAAGAACCCAACUCGCCCACACCAUCGGAUCAACCAAGCGAUGGCAACUCCCUAUGGCAUGAAUGGAUUUCAUGGGUUAAGCAAGAGUCAAGCAGAAGAUCUAAGCUAAUCGGCUUUUCCUUUCUACACACACAUAGCAUUGCGUACAAUGUGUACCCAACUCUACGCAGCAAUGAAAUCGGUCUUCGGUUACCCUGCUCGACAAAGGAGUGGAAGGCUCCAACUCCAAUACUGUGGCGUGAUGCCGCGAAGGAGGUCCAAGAGCCGCAGCUGUUCUUUCGAGAGGCCCUGUCGUUGCUACUUAGGAACAAGAGUGAAUCUGCGCCUUUAUCGCCGAUCCCUACACCACUGGGGAACUACGUUUUGCUACAUGGAUUGCUUCAGAGGAUACACAUUGUGAGAGAUUUGAGUCUUCCAGUCACGAGCAGCUCGGCGGUCCUCCCAAAUGAGGAAGUUGAAAAGCUUGAACAUGGCCUACGAUCAUGGACUUCUUGCUGGCAACAAGCGCCCGAGUCAACCCUUGACCCCAAUAAUGAAAACGGACCUAUCCCAUUCACCUCCAGCUCUCUUCUUUCACUAGCAUAUGUACGCAUAUAUCUGCACCUCGGUCCCUACAGGCAACUAGAGACACGGGAUCCUCAGCGUAUCGCCAACGCCAUCGCGAGCAGUCCGGACAUUGAGCGAAGUGACGGAGUCAUAGCAGCUCUCCUCUAUUCAGCCCACAUGAUUGGCAUUCCUGUGCGACUGGGCGUCGAUCGGGUAGCUAAAAGCCAGGCGUUCUUUUGGAGCGUAAGACAUUCGCUCUCUGGCCUUGACUGUGCGGUGCUUUUGAGCAAGUGGUUGUCAAAGCUAGCUGAGACAGUUGCUGAUAAUCCACUAAGUGAUAGCGAGGAUCGAAUUCUGCAUUGGGUCAGAUGCAUUGUGGAAGAGGCUUACACUGUGGUGGACUUUGACCAGGGUCUUGAUCAAGAGGUUCCUAACAUGCUAGAUUUCAAAGACCCCGGGAAUCUCUGCCUAGCUGUUUUGAAGAUAUGGGCACACUUCUUCAAGAGCAACACGCAGUGGCCGUUUAUCAACAUCAUUGGCGUGGGUUUAGAAAAGUACCGUGAGAUACUCAUUCACCAAAGAAUAUGA